AUGACGUCCCGCGAAGAUAGUGUUUUGGCCGCCAGAGACCCGUCUCUCACGGACGAGAACGACUGGGAAGAAUUCAGCCUGUCCGAGGUCCGGAUCCUGGUACCUGGAAAGUCGCGCUAUGCCAAUCUGCUCACUGCGACGCCUGAGAAUCCGGUACAGGUAACGGGGUGUCUGGAUGAGGUUGAAGAGGAGCAGGAGAAGCUGGUUCUUGACCAGGAUUACCUUACGAAGCGGAUUGUUAUCGAUAAUGUGAGCCAUUUUGCAUAUGGCCAGCAUAAUGACGGCGAAGUUGGGAUUUGGGUUGCCGGGCGGGCGGGUUGGUUCUCUAUCUCGCCGGCGAGGGGGUAUCGGGCCAUGUUCAAUGAGGUCGUCGAGGCGAUUGAUCUGUUGUACUUCUUGACGGACCGACAUAAGCCCAAGCGGAGGAAGAAGAGGAAUUGGAAUCCGAGUCUGGAAUAUUUGUGUGAUGAGUACGUUUUACAUACACAUGGGAUUUGCGAGGAUGGGGAUGACUCUGCAGAGGUCUUUUAUAAGCAUCAUAAUUUUCUGCUUUCGCGGAUGAUGAAAGGAGAGGAGGAGGUGAACUGGACAGAGACGAGUAUUUUUGCCCAUCUUUGUGAGAAGUUUCCGGAGGACUACGAAGAGCUGCGUGCUCAGAAAGAGUCUCAAGAAGCCGAAACCGAAGAAGAAGACAAUGAUGAGAUUGAGGAAGAAGCUGAGGAUGAGGAUGAGGAUGAGGAAAUGGAGGCUAGAGCUCCUACGCCAGACCCGAGUACAGUCUCAAAGGCUCAGGCAGAGUCUAUAUAUCAGGUAAUCCUCGAUCUGAAGGAAGCAGGGCAUCUCGCCAAGCGGCAAUUGAAUCUCGAGCUUGUCACGUCGACCUUGAUGACGCGCUUCGAAAUUGAUAGCGAGGAGUAUGCGCAGAACCUCAUAACUUCCACCGCUGCCGCCAUUCUUGAAGCCAUGAAUGAGGCGAAAACAAACAACUUUGACUGGUCAAAGAAAGUCAUCUACCGUGAGCUGAAAAAUGCGUCCAAAAGAAGAAAAUCAGAGAACGUGGCGUUCACUCCCUUGCGGCCACGGAUAACAGAGGAAGACAUCUCGUCCGAUGACGAAAGUGAUCGAGAACAGCCACGGCAACGUAGACCUCGUCAUCGCAAGUCAGUGCUACGACCAAAGAGUCAGAUCGCCACCAAGAGGACCGGCAAGCGAACUCGGAGUGCGGCCGCGGAGUAUGACCUUUCCGAUGACGAUAACCAGGAUGCAAUGGACGAAUUCGAGACUCCCAGCAAGGUCCGCGGCCACGAUCUCGUGCGUGACCCCCUGUCAACCAGGGCCAAGCGCCGAACUCGGUCGAUCCUCUCAGAUUCAGAAUCAACCCCAAUCAUUGAAAGAACCACGUUACAAGAAACACUCCAGAGCCGAGAUACGUCAGUCGCUGCCGCAGAGCAUAUGCCCGAUAUUGGGUCCUCGCAUGACAGCAAUUAUCCAGUAGAUACGUGGGUAUGCCAAGUGCCAGGCUGCGGAAAGACCGUACCCAAGUGCACUUCAAAACGCGGCAAAGAGAUGAUUCAAGAUCAUUCUCUUGCUCAUGCCGACGACACCAAGGCCAAGGUCGAUCUUGUCAUUGCAGAGCAGAAGCUGAAUUAUGGUCUUCGUGUUGACAACCUUCUCAGUCGGAUCCGAGACAUGGGAGCUCUGGAUGGAGCGUUCGCGGGCCUCGGUGGGCAGACGAAUGGAGCACAUAACGAGAUCGGUACCUAG